AUGGUGGAUAUCAACAAGGGUCUGAAGAGCCAGUUAUCUCAUCCCGAGACCGAUCAAUAUCCCCACGAGCUACCCUUAGCUCGUCACGAAGAGAUGUCAGAGCUCUCUCGUUCUCAAGCUGAGCAAAGGCAAACUCAGCUCGAUGCUUCAAGACAGCGUCCGCCAGUUGAAGACGCCUGUCCCGCUCAUGUUCGAGAUCGCCGCGUAACCCUUGCGUUACGCGAUCAAAGAAGCUCUCGGGAACACACCGAUCCACAUGAUCGUGUGGAGAGCGUCUUUCCUCCUCCUCCACCUCCAUUAGAGGACUCUCGCGAUGGCCAGAGCUAUCUGGUUGAGCGGCUGUUGAACCACCGCGAUGUGAACGGACGUCGAAAGAGUUAUCUCGUCCGGUGGCGCGGCUAUCCCCCGUCCUGGGAUUCUUGGGAGCCCCGCUCCCAACUGAUGAUCGACGUACUGGGUCUGGUUGAGCAGUACGACGCGGCACAUCUUGUGCCGCAGAAGGACCGCCGGAGAAAGUCUUCCCGGCACGGUCGUAAAGGGAUUUCAGGUUGUCAAUCCCUUCGUACAUCUCAGUAG